GUGCGCAGUGCUACCUAUAUCAUGGAAGACGCCUGAUAUAACACUGUUAUGGGAAGAAAGAAGAGGCAAAAUGGUUUACGACUUUGACGUGAAGACCUUUUGUCAGAACUUGAAGGCAACCAAGCCUCCUUAUGAGUGUCCUGUGAAAUCUUGUGGAAAGGUGUACAAGAGUUAUUGUGGUAUACAGUUUCACAUGUAUAACUAUGACCAUGAUAAUCCAGAAAAUAAUGCUUCCCCAGCAAAAAAGCCCCCCAGCAAGAAGAAACAAAAAUGGCAUCAUAGACAAAACAGACGAUCUCCAACUCCACCUGAAUUCACACAAACAUUGAGAAGAGAAACAUUAACUUACGCAGAGUCUCAGAGGCUUGUGGAAGUAGACUUAGAAGGAAGAAUUCAUAGAAUUAAUAUAUAUGAACCACUGGAAAUAAUUUCUCAAGAUGAAAUUGACAAUCACCACAACACAGAAAAAGAGGAAAAAGCGGAGAAAAGUCCUGUAAAACAUGUGAAGUCAAGUGAUGGUUCUAAAACAAGGAAAGAACCUAGUGUUCCUAGUCAUACAAACGCAAAUUCUAAGUUACCAGAAGCUCAGUAUAAGGUAAUUGAGGACUUCAUCAAGCCUUCCCACCUUCAACCAAGACCAAAUUCUUACUACAGAUAUAUAGAAAAGUCCACAGAAGAAUUGGACAAUGAAGUUGAAUAUGACAUGGAUGAAGAGGAUCAUUCUUGGCUCACAUUGGUCAAUGAAAAAAGGAAGAAUGACGGCAUAGGUUCAGUAAAACAAGAAGACUUUGAAAUGCUUAUGGACAGGUUUGAAAAAGAAGCAUUUUUCCAAAGCCAGACCUCUGGCAAGGAUGUGGGUCCUCCUAUAGAUGAGGAUGCUGUGUGUACUAUUUGUAUGGAUGGUGAAUGCCAAAACAGUAAUGUUAUUUUAUUUUGUGAUAUGUGCAAUCUGGCGGUCCAUCAGGAGUGUUAUGGUGUUCCGUACAUUCCAGAAGGACAGUGGUUAUGUAGACGUUGCCUUCAGUCGCCUUCCAGGGCAGUGGAUUGUUGCCUAUGUCCAAACAAAGGUGGUGCUUUCAAACAGACUGAUGAUGGAAGGUGGGCUCAUGUGGUGUGUGCCCUGUGGAUUCCAGAAGUAGGUUUUGCAAAUACUGUAUUCCUUGAACCUGUAGACAGUAUGGACCAUAUUCCACCGGCACGAUGGAAACUUUCUUGUUACAUUUGUAAACAGCGAGGUACAGGUGCCUGCAUACAGUGUCAUAAAACAAACUGUUAUACAGCAUUUCAUGUUACAUGUGCACAGCAGGCAGGGUUGUAUAUGAAAAUCGAACCAGUGAAAGAACCUAGUGCUAGUGGUCCAACAAUGACAGUUAGGAAAACUGCCUACUGUGAUGUACAUACUCCAGCUGAUUCAGACUGUAUGCCAAUGCUUGCAGACAGUUCAGAAGAGGAUAAGUCGGCCUCGGCGAAGAAAGCCAAGGAAAAGUCCCGUAUAAAAAUGAGGAAAGCGAGAAAAAUCUUAGCUGAGAAAAGAAAUGCAAUGCCUGUUGUAUCAAUUCCAAUUAUACCUCAGCAAAGGUCAAGGGUCAAGAUCCACACAGUAAUAUCCGAAUCCAUGUUGUCCAAGAUAGGUCAGUUAUUUGUCUUCCCUAAGAAGCAAGUAUUUUUGUCCCGGUUAUUGAGCUAUUGGACUUUGAAGAGGCAGUCACGGAAUGGAGUACCACUUUUACGUAGAUUGCAGUCAAAUCAUAUGACAAGGAACAAAGAACAGUUCAAUUUCAAGGUGAAAAAUGACAAACAGAGCAAUGCACUGAAGGAACAACUGAAGUACUGGCAGCGACUGAGACAAGACCUAGAAAAGGCACGCCUGCUGGUGGAACUGAUCAGGAAGAGGGAAAAACUCAAACGAGAACAGGUCAAAGUGCACCAGCUGGCUCUAGAGCUACAGCUGCAGCCGUUUGCAGUCCUACUCCGCCACACACUGGACCAGCUGCAAGAAAAAGAUAAUGCCAGCAUAUUUGCAGAACCUGUGUCUUUGGACGAGGUGCCAGACUACUUGGAGUAUAUCCAGACACCAAUGGAUUUCCUAACAAUGAGACAGAAGGUGGAGAGUCACAAGUACAAAACAAUGGAUGAGUUUGAACUUGACUUUGAAAACAUCAUCAACAACUGCCUCAUGUACAAUGCUAAAGACACGAUGUUUUACAGGUCGGCCACACGUUUACGAGAUCAGGGUGGUAUGGUGAUUCGAGCAUCCAGAAGAAUGGCAGAGAGGGUUGGUUAUGACCCUGACACAGGACUUCACCUGGAGAAACCUCCCCAUGAGAAGGAACCAGUUAUUUUGGAGGACUUUGAUAGUUUCCAAGAAAAGAGGGAAAGCUUUCCCCUGGAUGAACAGUUACGCAUCCUGUUGGAUAAAAUGGACAUGGCUAACAACAUGAAAGGACAAUCCAGUCUCGCAAAAAAAAUCAAGAAAGAUAUUAUCAAAGUGAGACAGAAACUUGCUAUUCAGAAGGAAGGUUUACAGGCGAGUGAUCUGGACGACAGCAUAGGUACAGUAUCUGACCAAAACGAUGAUUCCAUGGCCGAAGAUGUGAAAGAAGAAACUCCCGUCCGUAGCACAAAGUCCCCUUCUGUUGACAAGUCAGCUGGUAAAUCCUCAUCCAAAGACACACCCUCUGGUAGGGGGCGUGGUCGGGGGAGAGGCAGGGGGCGUGGCAGACUGACAAGUCACAGCAAGAGUGAAUCCGAGUCAGAGUCAGUGGUGCUUCCCAAACAUUUAGGAAAGGAAUUAGACAAAAGACGAUCAUCUGACAGCUCGCGUACCACAGAAUCAUCAGUUUCAUCAAAAAAUGAGGACAGUAAUUCAUCUCAGCCAACAACAAGUGGGGUGAAUAGAAGAACAGCUGUAUUGUUUAGUAAGAAGGUGUUCCGCAGCAAGCAGGAUGUCUCCAACCCAAGUAGUCCUUGUACACCGCCCAAAAAACAAGGGAAAGCUGGUCGACCCCCAAGACAAAAAGUCAUGGAGCAGUCAGACUCACCACAGCCUCCUGUUCUUGAACCCAUGAGUCCAUCUACAAGAAGCAGAGGUCCCAGUAGUCCAGCUUCCAGGAAAAGAUCACACAGUGCAAUAACCUCACCAGAUAGAGAGGGAAGACCAUCACCUCCAAAGCGUACCUCGUCUCUGACGGAACCCCUGUCACAGUUUGCUGAACCACCAGACCUGACUAAACGAGACAGCUUCAUGGUGUAUAGGGGUCCUGAUAAUCUGAGAAGCUCGUCAGAAUCGGAUAGUACCUCUAUGAUCAGUACAAGUGAUGAUUCCAUAUCCGAGACAUCAAGCGGAACCUCCAGCAGCAACAGUCGAUCAGAGUUAAAUUCAAACGGAAUGCCAAAGCUUUCUGAAGAUGGUACAGAGAGUGAGUACUCCGGGUCCCCGGGCUCCAAUGGCACUGCAAGGAAAAAAGUUACUGGUGUGAAGUCACGCAUGCUGACUGGUAUCCCAGGUUCUCCUGCAUGUAACCCUGCUACAGCUUCUCACAGCGUACAGACCAAUAAUGCUUCUACUAGUUCUCUGCAUGCUUUGCUUGUUGAGGAUGCAAACUUCCAUGAGCUCUGCCUCUCGGAUGGGUUGGAUGAUAGUGCUAAUGCUCCAGUUGAUAAGUUAAAUGGCAGUAAGAUUAUUUGUGAUUCAAAAAACAAAAAAUGUAGUAGUCAUGGAUUUGUCAUUGUCAAAAAGACAAAAUCAAAUCAAAAGAAAAGUAAACUCUUUAAAUCGAAACAAAAUGAGAAGCAAACUUGUGGCAGUAGAGUAGCUACAAGUAGAUCUAGUCUGGCUGAGAAACCGGCCGUUGGUAAACAAACAAGGCUUCACCAGACAGACGCUCCUGACAACAAACCUCCGUCCAAAUCUGUCAGACACUUGAGAUCUUGUGACUCUGUCGGACGAGCCAAAUGUUGUUUAGAGCCUAAAGCCUCUUGUGCUACUGGCUGCUCAGGAAAGCUGGUCUGCAGGAUUGAUAGUAAAGGUCCGGGAGAGCGUAUCACUGGCAUAAAGAAACAGAUAGUAGCACGAGCUCACCGCAGUACGAGUGUGGACUCCGAUGAUUUGAUCCCUUUAGAACCGUUGGACCUUGUGUGGGCCAAAUGUAGAGGCUACCCUUGGUAUCCUGCACUGAUCAUCAAUCCAAAAAUGCCGAAGACUGGGUAUUUUCACAACGGUGUUCCCAUCCCUGUACCUCCUGAGGAUGUUCUGCUCCUGCAGCGCAAAUAUGAUGAGCCGGUGUAUCUCAUUCUGUUCUUUGAUACCAAGCGCACAUGGCAGUGGCUUCCACGCAACAAGUUGGAACCUCUAGGAGUAGAUUCUGGCCUUGACAAAGCCAAGCUGCUGGAAAACAGGAAGCCCAAUGUGCGCAAGGCUGUACAGAAGGCCUAUGAGAAGGCCAUCCUCCAUCGGUGCAGUGUGACGGGCGAACCCAACCCACUCUCUGGAGACUCGGACAAUGAGGAAAUUGCAGAGCUUGCUGAAUAGUGCAAACACCAGCUGUCAGAAAUUGUUAUAUUUUUUUAUAUUCAUUCUAAAUAGACUGAAAGGAUAAAGUCUUCUUGUGUUAAUAUCUAUUACAGGGAAUACAAGUCCUGGUAGAAGACUGCUGUUCAUCUGAUUUAAAGAACAAAGUUAUUUUGCCGAUAGAAAAUUAAUCAUUAACUGUGCUAUUUGUCCAUCAUUUUCACUUGAUGUAGAAUUAUUCCUAUGUGAUUUGUGGUAAUGAAAUGACUGUUAGAUUGGAGGUUUAUGGCGAUGUUAGAUGUUGGAUGAAAGCUAUAGUGUGAUGUAAAUGUGAAAUAAAAGGUUUAUAUGGUGGUGAGUGUGUUUGAUGUAAGGUUGUCCAUUUGUUAAACCAAUUAAACAUUUGGUUGGUAAUAUAAAUACCCUUAUGUUGGGUUUAUAACUAACUCGGCUAUGUUUUAGUUGAUGGUAAAUCUGGUCCAAGUUACUUUUUCAAUUAAUUUUGUAUUUCUGGAAUGUAGUUUUGUGUUGGUGGUGUCUAUGUUUGUGUGUAUAACUCGGUGCCAGGUGAACUGUAGUGUGGGACCUCUGUGAUAAAGACAAACUUGUAAAUCCUCUCACGUUGUAUUGUUGUUGGGUGACAGAUAGAUCUAAUAGCUACAUUGUAUCUUUAUUGAGCAUAAAUUAUUACGAUUUAUUUUAUGUUACAUUGUAUUGCAGGGUCUGAAAGUAUAUUUCAGAUAACUGCAUCGAAGUUCAGUUUGAUUUGUGAUAAAAUGAUGUAUUUAUUUUGCAAUCAGUUGAGAGAGAUAUAAUGAGAGUUCAUGUAGAAAAUUAUCUUUAAAACAAAAAUGUCUAUUUUCUAGUUAAUGAUAUAAUGGCCUACAAUACAGAAAUUCUAGCUGCUGGUAUCGAAUAGCUUAAAUAAAACAGUUAACUGAAUAGUAAGAGUAUUAUAAUAUAAGGAACUCGAGAGCAGAUUUCAAUAUACCAACGUAGUAUUUGUAAUCAGUCCAAUGGCAGGCUAAUGAUAGUUAAUCUUGUUCCCACAACCAACAUUUUCAGAGCUGAAUAUUCACACAUACCUGCAAAAAAAAAGCAGAAAGUGAAAAAAAAACAGUAAUUGAAGGCAAGUUUUAACGUAUUAUUUUCUCUACAUAAUUAAAAUGAAAUUAAUUAUUUUUUCUGCAAAUUGACAGCAAAUGUUUUCAGUUUGGCAUAACAUAAGGUACUGUUUUGUAAUGCUGUAUAGGUCACAAACUGGUAGCUGUAUAAUUUUAUAUGGGAAGGAAAUACAUUGUUCACAUGUAAUUUAAGAAAGUAACAUUUAUUGUCUCAAGGUUGCUUGUUGUUGGAGUUUUCUUGUGUCUUGAAUUACUCACAACAUCAGGUAUCUGUUGUUCAACAAGUCAACAUCACAGGUACUGUGAAAGAAAUAUAUUAAUGUAUCAAGAUUUUUAUAUAGAUAUUUUGAUAAAUGAAGUUAAUUUCAGAGUUUGAUUAAUACCAAUUUUAAAACUUGAAUUAAAUUCGGUUUACCAAUGAGUUACAGAUAAGUCUUGCAGGUGAAAUCUUACAAAGGUUUUACUGUCAGUUAAAUAGGUGUUUAAUAACAUUUGUUAGAUUUAUAUGGUGCCAGUGAAGCCAUGUUUUAUAAGGGUAUAGAAACUUGGAGAAUUUGCCUGUGUUGUAUCUAGUCUUGUUAAAAGUGAACUCUAGCAGUGUUCCAUUGUGUCCUUAUAAUGGUGUUAAAAUGUCGUCAUACAUUUGGCUGGUUGUUUGUUAUAUUGUGAAAAAGUACUUUACUUAGCAAGUUUCAUCUGUUGUGUUCUAUUAAACAUCUGUUUGUUAGCUAAAGUAAUAUAUAUUGAUGUACAAGUCCAAUAGUUGUCCUUAAAAUGUGGCGCAAAAAUGUUAAGUAUUAGAUCCCAUCGUUGUCAUAUAAAUACAUCUGUAUAUGGACCAUUCAUUAGUCAUUCGUUGUGAAGAGAAAGUGAUCGAGUUUUAUGUAUAAAACCAUAUGAUUCCUAGUUAGAACUGAUCAAAGCCCUUUGUACAACUGUUAACAUACUCUGUAUAAAUACAGUUUGUAAACUCACCACAUUUUAUUUGUACAUAAAAGUAUUGUAUCAAAUAUUGAGAAAAUUA